AUGAUCGAUGAGGUAGAAAACAAAUUCGAUCUCGUAGAUGUAGAACCCCCAGUUCUUGAAUUUUAUUACGAAUGCACAGAAAACAUAGAGAGUUUUCUUGAAAAUAAAGAUAAGGUGAUUGAAAAGAAGACGUUGAAAAUAAAAAAUGUAUGCACAAAAACACAAAAUAUAAAAAUCUUCGAAUCUGAUUCAAAAUAUCUAAAAAUAAAAGGAAUAAAAAAAAAAAAAUUGGCUCCAGGAACGAGCGAACAUAUAUUAGUAGAAUUCUCCUUCUGUAACAUUGAUUUUAAAAAGUAUAAAUGUGAAAAAAAAUAUGAUGUAUUGAAUGUGUUAAAUAAUGUGGAAUCUAUUAUAUAUGUAAAAAUACAAAGUGAAUACACAACACUGAAAAUUCCAAUAUAUAUAAAAAAAAAAGUACCCAUAUUUGUUUACGAUAGUAUAGUAAAUUUUGGAAUUUGCAAAAAUAAUUUGACUUACCAUUUUCCACUGAAAGUAAAAAAUGUUGGAAAAAAAAGGGGAACCUUUAAGAUUGCUUUGGGAAAUUGUCAAGUUGGAGAAAUGGGUAAAGGGGACAUUAAAAUUGGGGCCUCAUAUGGAUGUAGAAAUACAGACAAAAAUUUAGGGAAAGAUGCUGAUAAUAAAAAGAAAAUCAGACAUAAGAAUGGCAACUACAACAUUGUCGAAACAAAUAACCUGUGUGUUAAGAUUGAUAAAUCCUCCCUCGAUCUGAAUAUGAACGAAACAAAAAUAAUCAACAUCACUAUUAGCAAUAAAGCAGAAGGUAAAUAUCAACAAGAAUUUAAUGUAAUUUCAGAACAAUAUAGUUAUUUUACCAAGAAACCAGAUAAUAUUACCAUAUUUGCCAUCUUUACCAACAGCCAAACAUAUUUUAUUUACCAAGACAUGAAAAUUAAUCAUAUAAAUCUAGAUUACAUGUAUUAUGGAAGCAAAAAAAAAUUCCAGGGAAAAAUAAAAAACGAAAACAAUUACCCUGUCUUAUGCAUUCCUGAAAUAAAUAAAGUGAAUAUCUUUUAUUCUCUGAAAGAUUUUCAAGCAUAUGCCUCUGCUAAUGAGUUUGAUAUGAGUCAGAUUGGUAGAGAUGUCUUCCAGAAUGUGGAAGACCAACUGAGCGAAGAAGAAAAAAAAGAAAAAGAGAAAUUAUUCACAAUUACAAAGAAGAGACUUAAGGGUAGUGAAAACAUAAGUGUCAAUUUAUGCAAGAAAGACGGUUAUGCUGUCGAAAUGUUAUCUUAUCACGAUGUUUCCUUUGAAAUUCAAUCCAAAAGUGACGUGAAUUUGCUGUGUAAGAUUAAUAGGAAUACAUCUUACCUAUUAAACUUCCCAGUAGUGGUGGAAAUGUCACUUCAUGUUAAAAGACAAGAAGACAAAUCAGAGGGUAAAAACGGAAAGAUAGUUCAAACCAUGACAUCUACCCUUCAACUUCAAGCAGAUCUUGACAAAUCGGAUGAAGAGAUAAAACUUUUCUUAAUUUUUUUUCUGACAUUCCCAUGCAUUAUUCCUAGUACUUAUUUUCUUAACUAUGAGAAUGUAACAGUGAACGAGGGAAAAACUUUGAUAAUAGAAUUAAUAAACAGAAAUAAAUUUCUAAAAGUAAACUACAGUUUUUCGAAAAUUCCACACUUAACAAUGAAUAAACAGGAAGGAGUUAUAAAUUCCCAAUGCAAAGAAAUAAUUUCGCUUAAAUUGCACUGUGAUAGUAUUAAAAGAAUGAACGAGUAUAUAUAUCUAUUUUUUUGCAAUAAUUUAUAUUUCUUUGUUAUACUAAUGAAUGGAAAUAUUACCUCGACACACACAUUAAGACAGGAGUUUUCUUCUUCUUCUAUUUUACUUGACGCAAAGGAACAUAUGAAUAAGAAUAAACUUACACAUGGUAAUAUUAGCAAUAAUACUUUUCUUUCCCCAUCUAGGAAAAUAAAAAAUGAUGAAAUUUAUGAACAAGUCAUAAAAAAUUUGGAACUUGAAAAAGUGAAUAGGAACUUAUAUCAGAUCGAUGGGCAGUUAGACAAGUACAAAUACAAUGAAGGUUUUAUGAAUUUUUUAAAAGAAAAUAAAAAGAAAUAUAACAAUAUAUUAAAAUUUAUGUAUGAGAAACGGAAAAAAUUGGAGAAAAGAACAAUCUUAACUGAGGAACAGUCACGCACAAAUGAAAAGAUAAAAACAAAAGAUAGAGUUGCAAAAAUUGUAGAUGACAAAAAUAUAUAUCCUAAUGAUGAUCCAUUCAUGGAGAGAAUUAAAAACACUUGUAUUCAUAAAACAUUGUAUGAACAGAAGAAAAAGAUGUAUAUCGAAAUAAAGAAUCGAGAUUUGAAAAUAAAGAAUGGAAAAGUAAAAGAAGGUUUGGAAGAAGAGCCCUACUUGUUGCAGUUUGACAUGUUAGAUGAGAAGGAAUUGAAAAAUGUGAAAUUCACAAAAAAUAUAAAGUUCAAUUAUGUCUUACUGAAUAAUCUUUACACAAAUAAAUUUUCUGUAUUUAAUGGAAACAAAAAUUGCAACGUUAAAAUUGCAUUAAUGCAUAGUGAUAAUGUUACGAACGAUAUAAAUAACAUGCUAAUUGUUGAAAGGGGUUCAAAAAAAAUAGCCAACAUCAACUUUAAGUUAGAGGAUUUUUCCAAAAUGCAAAAACAUUUCAAUGAAAAAAAUGGAUAUUCUUUCUGUGUUCACAAUGAUAACACUUCAAAUGAAAAUUCCAAAGUCGAUUUUUAUCAUAAAAUUGAAGAAAAUAAAAAUUCGUAUCAAAUUAAUUCAUCACAUGAUGCUGACACGUUUACACUAUCUUUUAUAAACACAACCAACGAUUUUUUUCACCUUCAAAUGUACAGAGAAAAAAUAUUUUUAAAAAUUAAUGACUUACACGAAAGGGAAGUAACUCUUAGAGCAACACUCAUCCUCUUCAAUAUCCUCGUGAAUCAUGACAUUCUAUAUUUCCAAUUCCAAAAUGAAGACAUUCAGAUGUUUUGCGAGAACAAUCUGAUUUUGUAUAAUCCAUUCAACACUUCUCUUCGAUUGCAUAUGGGAUACAACAGAGAUAUGUUUUCACUAGUCCCAGACAUUACAGUACGGCCAUAUGAGCACAAAAUAGUACCCAUAAAAUUUGUCGCCACAGAAAAUACCAAAAAUGUAGAGGAUUCCAUUCGAGUGUUCUUGGAUGGAAGUAGAUUUUACAAAAGCAUAAAAUGCAAAUGGAUUGCAAAUAAAUGCUCCUACAAAGUUAAUCCCAGUGAAAUAAACUUUGAUAAUGUUCUGCUAAAUAAGAAUUAUGUGAAAGAAUUUUUCUUAAUCAAUACAGGUGACAGCCCACUAGUAUUCAGAUGCAUACACAAACCUAGCUGUGUGAAUAUACUUUCUAAAUUUAAUUAUGUGAACAGAAAUGAAAAGAUAAAAAUUGUAGUGCAGAUAAAUUUAAAGGAAAAUAAAAAAAUAAAGGACAAACUUGUUUUUUCCGUUAGAGGAUGUGCACAAUUAGUUCUUCCCGUGAGUGCCAAGGGCACUCCUUCCAAAACACUACUAUGCAAUGAAUUACAUUUGAAGCAAAGAAGAGGAGAAUGGAAAUCCUAUGAGCUGCAAAUCAUAAACAAAGGAGGAUGUGAUGAAACUAUCCUUUUAAACACAUCGAGAGUAGACUUUGUAAGUUUCGAAAUAAAUAACAAAAAAGAGAGAAAUUCCUUAACAUGCAAUAGUAAAGAAUACAAAGAUGCGAAUGAAAAAGAAGACUUCUUAACAAUGGAAAAGGUUUCCAUUCUAGAAUAUGAUGACAUGUUGACAGAUGAAUGUAUAAAAUACCAUUACAAUAAUUUCAUUAAUUUAUACAAUUUUGUUUGUACCUAUUUUAAAAAUAAAGGUCGUAUAAUUUUUAGAGAAAAAAAAAAAAAAAGUAAAUUAAAAAAUAUAUACAAAAUAAGUGUGCCGUCCAAAUGUUUCCUUUCAUUAUACAUCCAAUGUUAUUCUUCUAAAACAAUAAAGAAAGAAAUUACUUUCAACAGUUUGUUUAAUAGCAACAAUAUUAUAUAUGAUAAAGUCCAGGAUUCAAUAAAAAUCGAAAUUGAAGAAAGCUUCUUAGAAAUAUCCCCACCUAUUCUUUACUUCACGGAUUUACUACCUCAAAAAUCCGAUGAAUUCUACAUUUCGUACUUUGCAAGAGAACAAACCAAAAGUCUAACAAUAAAAAAUGUAUUUCAUCAAAAAAUCCUAUGGAAAAUAAGAGUGAAUAAUGAGAAGCGAAGGGAAUUUCAUUUCACUGAAUCUUCGUCAGAUUGUGUCCCCAGUGGAAGGGAUCCAAAUGAAGCAAAUCCAAGCAAAGAAAUUGGCUUAGUAGGUGUACAGAGAAAAAGUGCAGAAAAAAAAAGAGACUUGAGGAAUCACACCAAAGGAUUUGCAAUCAAAGGUGGCAGUGAAGAAACAGAAGAAACAAAGAAACAAUCAGAACUGGGUUAUACAAGGCAUGAAAGGAAAUACCAAGUGCAAUUAAAUAGAGAUCAAGGAGUUCUAGAACCGAACUCAGAAAUAACAAUAGACAUAAAGUUAAACAAUUUAAAACUUUGUGGGAGGUAUAUGGACGUGUUAGACAUUUCGUCGUGCAUCUUUGAUGGUAAUAAUUAUGAAAAAAGGAAUAAGGACAACGAAAUAAUGACAUGUAAAAAUGAAGAAAAAACGGGAAAUAAUUUCUCUGUUUAUAUGUUGAUAAAUUGUGAAAUUCCAAAGCUUCAGUUUGAUGUUACAUAUAUAAACAUAGUUCAUAACAAAUUAAAUGAAUAUUUCACCUUUCCAUUUUGUAUAUACAAUAAUGGGUAUAAUUAUGUUAGGGUUAAUUACCAUUUCAACAAUGUGCAUGCUGAAUUUUUUUCAAUUUCUCUCGAUUUUAUCAACGGGAAUGAAAUAAAUGAAAAAAUAAAAAAAAUAUGCGUUUCUUUAAGAUGCAAAUCAUCCCAGAAUUUGAAAUUCAAGUCACACAUCGUUUUGAGUGUACUAGAUCAUGACAAAUACAUCAUACCGAUUUUUGUUAACAUAGACGAGGGUAUUGAUUAUCUGCUAAACAAGGCAUCCAAUGAGGCAUCCAAUGGAGAGAUGAAAGAAAUAUAUUACAAAAUAUCAAACGAGACAUUGAAUGAUGUAUCUAAUGAGGUAUUAUAUGAUGCUUCAGAUCACUCAGAUCUAAGGGUUGAGAAGAACUACCAGGAGGGUAAUUUACAAAAGGAAAUAAAAGAAGAAGGAGGAUUACACGAGCUUAUGGACAUACAAGACAUUGAAUUUUAUGAAAAAAACGAAAAACAAGAAAAAGGAAAUUCUAUUCUUUCCUUUUUCUGUAAAAAUGUGAGACAGGGAAAGUGGGGAAAGAAAGAAGGAGACAUAUAUAAAGAAUUAAAAAUUAAUGACAUCAGGAAUGUUUAUUAUAAUAAAGAAGAACAUAUACAUAGUUUGGGAGAAAUAAUUGAAGAUUAUGUUUUUCUAUUUAUCCAAAACAUUUUAUUAAGUAAAAGUUAUUCACCUUCUAUUGUUGAAAACACUAAUGAUUUAUUUCUGUUUUUUGCUGACCUACUAUUUGAUAUGUUUUCUUCUUUAUAUCCUAAUAGAAAUUUACAAAACGUAAUUAAUGAAAUUAGAACUUAUCAAAAUAUUGCAAUGAAAGAUUUCGAGAAACAUAGUUUUCUGAUUGAAAAUUUUAUGAAAAAUAUUAAGUUACUUUGCAAAUGCUUAAAACAGGAAAACCUGUUAAUAGAUCAUAUUAUUUAUGAAAACUUAUUGCCUAUAGAUUUGUACGUUUCGAAUAUUUUAGACAAAAUACCAGACUAUUUUUACAUAAAAAAGGGAGAUGUGGAAGAUGAUGAAGCAGAUGAAUCCGAUGAAUCAGAUGAAUCCGAUGGAGAACAUAGAGGAGACAGAGAAAGAUGUCAAAAAAUCGACAGAGGAGAACAAGACGAAGAUAGACCUGAGAGAGACAAACAGGACAAUGAUAAACCUGGAAAGGACAGUGAUGGGAAGGAGAAAAGAGUCAAAAUUCACGAUCUAGAAUCCUUUGUGGAAAAUGGAAAUGAAAAAAUAUUUUAUUUUGAUCGAAUUUUCAAAACGCACAUAAAGCUGUUCAGCUAUUCUUGGAUUACCAUAUUUUUAGAAAUUUUGAAUAUAAAAAUAUUUAGCGGUAUCAAUAUAAACUCGUUAAAUAAAUUGAGAGGAAUUAAAUUAUGCAACAUAGAAAACAAACUGAAAGAAAAUAUUAAAAUUCAUAAAAUAAAAUACCUCAUUAUUUUAAACAAACAAGACAGAGAAUUAAGAAAACACAUCCUAUUUUUAAAUAACAAAAAUGGGAAAUCCAGGAAAAGUGAAUACAUUAAUUUAAUGAAGAAUUAUCCAAAAAGUACUAGUAGUAACAAUAGUAGUAUUCCAAAUAUGAGGGGAAAUACUAUUUGUAGUAUUACUAAUAACAACACAGUUGGGGAUAAAAAAAUUCCACAAAGAAAUGACAAAUGUAUAUAUAACUCUGUUAAGAAAAAGAAAAACACAGAUAAACACAGCUAUAAUCUCAACUACUUCAAUUUUUAUGAAAAUAAUUUCAUUGAUUUGAAAAAAAUAAUCAACAAAAUUAACAGUUUUAGUUACUCCGAAGAAGUACAAGAGGGAGAAAAAGUCAAAGAAGAAAUGCUGCUAGAAAAAUAUCAGCAAAAUGGAAUAAAUGGAUAUACUCAAAAUGGGUACACGAAUGGAGAAACUCAUAAGGGAGAUGAUCAUAUAACAAAGGAAGAACAAAUGAAAAUGUUUUAUAAAGUAAAAAUGACCAAAGAACCAUCUCAUGGUCUCCAUCAUUUCAAGAGCGCUGAAUGUAUAUUAUUCGAAUGGCUCUAUUUUCACUAUAACAAUGUUCAUUACGCAAAAGUGGAAAAUAAAAGGUAUGUAUUUAAGGACAUCCAGAGGAAAAAAGAGACUAAAUUGCAGAAACUGAAUGGGGUUCUCAAUAGGAACAAGGAGGAAUGGCGUAGCAGAAAUAGAAGUGGCAGCAGUAAUAGAAGUGGCAACAAUCAUAGUAGUGGCAACAAUCAUAGUAGUGGCAACAAUCAUAGUAGUGGCAACAGUAAUAGUAGUGAGAGCCCAAGAGACAUGAACCGUGGAAGGAGCAUCGUCCCAAAUAACGAUGUGGUGUCCAAGCAGAACAUAAGGCAGUUGAGCAAAAUGAACUUCAAUGUCGAAAUAAAAAGGAAGAAAAGGAAUACGGAAAAAAAAAGCAAAAUAAAAAGUAUAAACGACUUGAAAGACCUAGUAAUGAUUCUAUACACCAUAAUUUCGCACAUUCCACAUUAUCUAUUUUUUAAAAACAAAAUCAAAUUGAAAUGUAAAUCCAGAAAGGACUACAAUAACAACAUGAACAUUUUGUUAAUGAUGCUGAACGAAAUGAAAUUGAGUAACCUAGUAAAUAAAAGGGUCCUUGUGCAUUUCAACUACAUCCACAUAUUCCUCUUCUUGGCUUCAAUGUAUUUUAUACUGCCGAAUUAUUUACCAACCUACUACUUAAUUGUGGAUGAUUUUCCCGCUUACAAAAGUGACAGAAUUCUGAUAAAUGAACAAGUGGUGAAUACUAGGGAGAAAAUCAAGCACAAACUGGCAAAUAAGGGCCCGUCUCCAACUAAGGAGCAAACGAUAAACAAGACGAAUGUGCUAAACAAGACGAACGUGCUAAACAAGACGAACGUGCUAAACAAGACGAACGUGUCAAAUAAGGAUACUCUUCCAAAUAAAACAAGCGCACAAACGGAUGGAGAGAAUGAAAGAACGGGCUUCAGGAACAGCCAAACUAAGAUGGAUGAAAGAGUUAUAACUGUAUACAAUUUAAAUAGCUAUAAAUGCAAAUAUGAAGUUUUUUUAAUUGGAUGUAGCAAGUAUAAAAUCGAUAAAAAUUGCAUCAGUGUUGAUCCCCUCAAGUCUGAACAAAUAAAAUUGAAAAUAGACAAAGAAUAUGACAAAAAUUUCGUGAAGUAUAGUUGCUAUACUUGCAUUAAAUUUUCAGCUCUUAAGAAAAAAAAGCAGAAAAAUGAUCUGCAUUAUGAAAAAGAAUCCCAUUUUGAGGAAAAUUAUUCCGUUUCACCGUGUUCCUCUGAAAGCUGUGAGUGUACCUCUGAUGAGAAUGAAAAAAUAGACGACAGAUUUAAUGAUGAGAAUGAAACGAACCUAGGGGAAAAUUAUUCCAUACUAAUUCUACGAGCAGAAAGAAACCGUAUUCCUGAUGAAAAGGACAGUGAGAAAUACAUCUGUAUCAAACUCAUCGAAAGAGAUGAAAAGGGAACGAUUGAAUUGAGACCCCAUGGAGGCAAUGUGAUGCAUAAACAAAAUGAAAGUAAUGACAUAAAAGUGAAUGUAAACAAUGGAGAAACGAAGAGUGAGAUUAAUAAAAUGCGUACAUCGAAUUCUUCUCAGUUAAACAUUAUGCUUAAUGAUAGUGAAAUAAAAUGUUUUAAUUUGAGGGGGAAAGUAUAUGAAAGGAAAUGCGUGGAAAUAAAUUUGAUCAAUAAUUCUGGGAAAAAGGUACAGGUGAAUCCAAACCUUUAUCACUUAUACAUAAAGGACUUAAAAAAGGAAGGAAAAAAAAGGGAAAACUUUGAAAUUGAUAUAAUGAAGAGUUGGAGUAAAGAUAAUGAAGGGUACAAUAAUCAAGGGGUGUAUAAUGAAUGUGCCGUUUGUUCUUUGGUUAAUGCCAAUUUAAGUUAUCACUUGAACGAUAAGGUGGAAAAACUUUUUAGCUGCUUUUGUUCAGAUAGUAAAACACAUUUCAGUUGUGUAGAAAAUGAAAAGAAGAAAAUAAAGCUGAAGUUUUGCCCCUUUACAGAAGGAAAUUAUUUUUGUUUCUUACUAUUUAUUGUAAAUGAUAAAAAAACGAAUUGUUUGAUGCCACCAUGCAAAGUAAACUGUUUCUUUUAUAUAAAUAACAUGAAGGAAGAAGAAGUUAUAAAAAUGAAUUCUAAAAUUUAUAGGUUUUCAUACGAUUUGCAAUUAAAUCCUAUGAAUAAAGAGUUUCUUAAAUGUAUAAAAUUUAUAUUGUGCGAUUUGAACAAAAUGGAGGAAAAAUUCUUUUACACAUAUUUAAAAAGUUAUUUAGCAGAUAUUCAAAAAGGAAAGAACAAUUUUUAUGUUAUAUGUGAUAAGACAGAAAAAAUGAAGAUAGAAAGGAGUUCCAUACCUUGUCUAAAUUUUGAUUUUGACAAAUAUGUAAAGAAUAUACCCAAUUCACACAACCUAGAAGACAUAGAAUAUUUAUAUGAAAUAAUAAAAAAGCACAUUAACUGUUUCUGCACAUUGCAUAUAGAAGAACAAGGUAAUGGAGUAUUCGAAUACAAUUGUCUUCUUUUAAACAGAAUGACUUUUCCCCGUAGUAUAACUGAAUUAACUUAUGAAGAGAUUAAAAAUUCACAUAUGAAAGAACAAGGGAAAACACACGAACCUUUCUACAAAAUGUAUAAAAUAGUUGCAAAUGUGAAUAAUGAAGAGAGUAAUAAUAUGCAUACUAUUACGUUUAAUACUAGUGCAUAUUUAAUGGUUAAAAAAUCUAUACCUGUUUAUAAUUACACAAACAGUGAUCUGACAUAUAGAUGCGUGUACUCAGACAUACUCGAUCAGAAUAAUAAAAAAAUAAAUUACAACAUUUUUAGUUGUCAAGAGAAUGUAGAAAUAGAGAAAGAUGUAGAGUUUAUUAAUUUUGAAGUGAGUUGCUAUUCUAUCAUUGGAAUAACAUGCUUCUGUUAUAUUACAUUAUGUAAUGUAAAAAAUGAAGAAGAACAAAUAAAAAUAAAGGUGCAGGCAAAUGUUAUGAAACCAUAUCCUAAGGAUACUAUUCAUUUGAAAUUAUUAAAUCGAAUGAAAGAAACAGCACAAAUAGAGAUCUAUAAUGAGUUAGAUUUUCAUUGUGAAUUUAAAAUUUACUCAGAUUUGUUUAUUCUAUUUGGUGCAAAAAAAAUUGAAAUGCAACCCAAGCAGAGAAAGAUAUAUACAUUCUUCGUCACAAGUGCACAUAUAGGAGAAUUUAUGGGCUGUAUCAUAUUUAAGUUUUAUAAACGAAUUCAUUCGAAAUGUAAGCAAGGAGAAGAGGAAGAGGAGGAGCUUCUUCAUCAUCAUGAUCAAACGUUCCCAUUUUCAAAUUACUUCUUUUGGUAUAAGCUAAAUAUCACUGUUGAGUUGAAUAAGCCAUUAAAAAUUUUAUUUCUUGAAACAAAUGUAGGAGAUGAAAUUAAUAAAGAUAUUGUGUUAAAAAAUAAUGGAAGUGAGAAUGAGGAGUAUUUUUUGCUAACGUACAUGAAUGAAUAUAUAGAAAGAAGACAGGUUCAAAUACCUAAAAAUGAUACUUAUGUGCAUAAUAUCAAGUACAUCCCGAAGAUCCCUAAUUAUUUUCCUGAUCUUACAAGGGAAAGUGCUACUACAAGUAGUGGGGAAACGCAGCUGAAUAAUGCACAUAUGCCAAAUGAACAGAUGAAUUGUUUUUUUCCAUUUUCACCUGACUUUGUGGAAGGAGAAACUCCUGAAAAGAAGCAUGAGAACAUCUCCAAGGAACUGCAAAAUUUUUACUUUCCCUUGAAUGAAGAUGAUGAUGAUGAUAAUGAAAACCUUCACAAGUUCAAUGACAAUUUCAACAACCAGAUGCACAGAUGUGAUUGUGAAGCGGAAGAAAUAGAAAAAAGGGAUCAAGGGAGAAAUUUGAAUGAAGAGGGUCAUCACAAAGGUGUAUUAGCUAGAAAGUACACAAUAGAGGAGUAUGAGCAUCAGUCUGAAGAAGUAUUAGACCAACAAAGUGUAAUAUUAAAGCAGAAAUAUAAAUCUUUUAUUCCAAACGAGAAAAAAAUAUUCGAAGAGGUAAUAAACUAUUGCAAAAAGUAUAUUAAUGUGAACUUUAAUUAUAGAAACCAAAAUAUUGGUUUUUUUUUCAUUUAUAAUAAGAAUGAAGGAAUAAAUUAUUACAUUUUACUAUUGCUGGCAAAGUUAAGGAAUGAGUUAGAUGUGCGAGAAUUCUAUGCUUCCUUGUCAAAAUCCUGCAUCAUAAAUUUGCAUUUCGAUUUUAAUAUGCAGAAUAAGAGGUACGUGAGGCUGUUGUGUGGGGAAAAAAUGGAUCACCUCUCUGGAAAUUAUCACUACCAAAUUGGUGAAGGGGUGGUGGGAAAAUCCAAGGUGGUGCACCGACAGGGGGAGGAGAGACAGCAGAGUACUCACGAGGAUGUGCAAGCGGGUGUUGAUAUUGAUGUAGACCCCAAUGUAGAUGCAGAUGUAGACCCCAAUGUAGAUGCAGAUGUAGACCCUAAUGUAGAUGCAGAUGUAGACCCCAAUGUAGAUGCAUAUGUAGACCCUAAUGUAGAUGCAGAUGUAGACCCUAAUGUAGAUGCGGAUGCUGAUGUGGAUGAAGAAGGAACCCCGCUUGCAGGAAAUGCAUAUGGUUUGCAUAAGUGCAAUUACAAAAUGGAGAAAGAAAAGGAAAGCGGAAAAUCUUCGAAAAAUUGGAAUAAUCGAAUUUGUAAUAAGAGUGCAUUAAAAAUGAAGGGGAAAAGAAAGACGAAUCACGAGCUCAAGUGCAUUUACAUAAGUAACAGAACCAAUUUCAGCAUUUUAAAUAAUGAUAAAUGUGAAAACCAAGUGGUUCUUAAGUAUAGACCAACAGUAAAAACAUCUCAAGAAUGUUAUGUCAUUAUAAGGAGUAACCGUUAUGGAGAUUUUAUUUAUAGAAUGAUUGGAACAUACAGAGUGAAGAAAAAAAUAAAAGAAAAAUUAGUCAUGUAUAACUCAUGUUGUUUAUACAAUUUUAGCCUAAAUAUGUUUAACCCAUUUAACUGUAAAAUUGCUGUAAAAUGUAAGUUUAUAGGAGAAGAAAGUACCCACAUGAGUGGAAGUAAUAAUAACAAGUUAAGAAAUAUCCCUAAUGAUGAGGUGAUGAGGAAAAAGGCGAAAGUGAGGAAACAACGUUAUGCUUAUUUGAAAAAGGAAAAAAGGAUUCUACUAAAUAAUGAAAAGAAUUAUUUUAAAAUUUUAAACAGGGAGAAUUUUAAAAUACAAAUGAGAAAACAUUUUACCAUUCUAAUUACAUACUUUUGUAAAGAUCCAUAUUCAAGGAGAAAAUUGUUAAUAAUUCUAAAGCCACUUUGUAGCAGUGCCACAUGUAUGGAGAUUACACCUAUUAUUACUUAUGAGUAUGAUUUUAUAUUUAACAAUUUGAUGAAGGGAAAUUUAAUUAAUGGUACUUUAAGAUCCAAUAAUUCUGUGCACCAGAAUAGUAUAAGUGCUGAUGAGUGCUGCUCUAGUAACAUGUCCAAAAUGGAGAAAAACAAAAACUGUGUCUAUAAGAGCUUCUUAAACACGUGCAAAAAUAUGAUCCAUACACAUGAAUCUUGCAUCUGCCAUUUGGGAAUGGAAAAAUCAGAAACAGGACAGCAGAUGCUUGGAAAUUAUAGAACUAGUUUUUCCGACUUGAAUCCAUCCGAAGCAAGCAACACGGUAGCUAGUUACCCCUCAACUAGCUGCUUUUCAGAUGACACCUUUUCAGGUAGUGAAAGGAGUAACUUCACGCUGAAUGCAAGCGAAUUAAGCAAAUCAGACCUUUUCUAUGAAGAGUUAAAACUAGGAGAUUCGAAUGAGAAUGAAUUGGAGAAAGAAAAGCACCACUCAGUCGACUCGAACGUCUGUGAUGAAGAGGUGAUAAAAAAUCGUAAUGUCUUGGUGAGGGAAAUAAAUGAAGGUAAAUGUCAAAGAUGUGUUAAUUACUCAUGGAAUGAUAACAAAGAAGUAGAAUCUUAUAGUGGAAAGGUAUUUAUUGAAAGUAUUUGCAAAAAGAAGACAUAUGUAAAAAUAUACAUAGAUAAGACAAAAAUGAAGGAAGAAGGAAAUUAUGCAAACUUUGUACAUGAACUGGAAAAAAGAAAGAAGAGAGAAAAUAAUAACACACUUCAUAGAAAUAUAGAAAAUGGGAAAUAUAAUUACAAAAUAUUUUUAUUAAAUUUAAAAAACUUAAAUGUCACUACAGGUAGUGAAAAUAUGAUGAUGAAUAUAAAAAUGAACAAUAUCCUUUUUCAAAUAAAUGAAGAGAUUCUGAAUGAUUAUCUAUAUGUUCAUAUUGUGGAGGAUACUAAUUCUUAUCUCGUUCUUGCGUUAGAGCUUCUGGCCUUUUUGCCCUUCCAUUGUAGCUUUGACGUUUUAAUAAGAAGGACCCAGUUGGACGUGGAGAAGUUGGAAGUGAAGUGCCAAGUGGAGUACCAAGAGGAGUACUACAAUGAAGAGACAAGAAUCGACACGAAUUACAUAAGCGUAGAAAUUUUCAAUUACAUGAACUUGUCGAUGCAGCACUUAAACAUCUUUGUUGAUGAUAAGCUAUGCGGUGAAACAAAAGUUAACCUCUUUUACAAACACACGAAUGAUUCAUACUUCGAUGCCUACAUCGUCAAUUACAACCAACUAAACAGUAGUAAUCACUUUGAAGAGGAAAUUUUGAAUUAUGAAGUUAGACCCAAAUCGGGUAUCUUGAAGCAUGGCACACAUAAUAAAUUUUUAAUCAUCCGGAAUAACAAAAAUGGGGUUACGUCCACUAACAGCUCCUUUUUGUUUCUAAUUAAAACAGAAAGAAAUAUUUUUUCUUACAUUAUCUUUUCUCGUUAUGCACCCUCUCCCACAGGUCUUUGUGUAACGAAGGAACAUAGCAAGAUAAAGGACAUCCUUAACGAGAACAAGAAGAAGUUUAGUGUUCUCUUCAGUUCGUUUAAGAAGGAAAAAAAAGAAAGUAGCAUAUUUAACAAGAAAAACCAGAUAAUCAUUGAAGACAUUUCAAAAUCGACGAAUGAAAUUAGGAAUGGUUAA